GCCGCAAGGCGGCGGCGGCGGUGGGGGGGCGAGACCGGGCGUGAGGGGCCGGCGCCGUGAGGGGCUCCCGGGCCGCAGCCGCGCCGUUUCCCUCCGGCCUAGCCCGAUGUGAGCCGCCCCGCGGCCAGCGAGCGGGGCCAUGAAGAAGGACGUGAGGAUCCUGCUGGUGGGAGAACCCAGAGUUGGGAAGACAUCACUAAUCAUGUCUCUUGUCAGUGAAGAAUUUCCAGAAGAGGUUCCACCACGUGCUGAAGAAAUCACCAUUCCAGCUGAUGUCACCCCUGAAAGAGUGCCAACCCACAUAGUGGAUUAUUCAGAAGCAGAGCAAAGUGAUGAGCAGCUUUAUCAUGAAAUAUCACAGGCAAAUGUGAUUUGUAUAGUAUAUGCUGUUAACAACAAGAAUUCUAUUGAUAAGGUAACGAGUCGAUGGAUUCCUCUCAUCAAUGAAAGGACAGAUAAAGAUAGCAGGCUGCCUCUUAUAUUAGUUGGAAACAAGUCUGAUCUAGUGGAAUACAGCAGUAUGGAAACUAUUCUUCCCAUUAUGAAUCAAUAUACAGAGAUAGAAACAUGCGUAGAGUGUUCAGCCAAAAACUUGAAGAAUAUAUCUGAGCUAUUCUAUUAUGCACAGAAAGCUGUUCUACAUCCUACAGGUCCUCUUUAUUGCCCAGAGGAGAAAGAGAUGAAACCUGCCUGUAUUAAAGCACUCACUCGCAUUUUUAGAAUUUCUGAUCAGGAUAAUGACGGGACUCUCAAUGAUGCAGAGCUCAACUUCUUUCAGAGAAUUUGUUUUAAUACGCCAUUGGCACCUCAAGCUUUGGAAGAUGUGAAGAAUGUAGUUAGGAAAAACCUGAGUGAUGGAGUUGCUGAUAACGGAUUAACAUUAAAAGGUUUUCUUUUUCUACACACACUUUUCAUUCAGCGAGGAAGGCAUGAAACGACUUGGACUGUUUUACGUCGCUUUGGAUACGACGAUGACUUAGAGCUUACACCGGAGUAUUUGUUUCCUCCGUUAAAAAUUCCUCCAGACUGCACAACAGAAUUAAAUCAUCAUGCAUACUUGUUUCUCCAAAGCAUUUUUGAUAAGCAUGAUUUGGAUAGAGAUUGUGCUUUGUCUCCUGAUGAACUGAAAGAUUUGUUCAAAGUCUUCCCUUACAUGCCAUGGGGGCCUGAUGUUAAUAACACUGUUUGUACAAAUGAAAGAGGGUGGAUUACAUACCAAGGGUUUCUCUCUCAGUGGACACUGACCACGUAUUUAGAUGUACAGCGUUGCCUGGAGUACCUGGGCUAUUUAGGCUACUCGAUUCUUGCAGAACAGGAAUCCCAAGCAUCAGCAAUUACAGUAACAAGAGAUAAAAAGAUAGACCUCCAGAAAAAACAGACUCAGAGAAAUGUUUUCCGAUGCAAUGUUAUUGGAAUGAAGGGCUGUGGGAAAAGUGGAGUUCUUCAGGCUCUUCUUGGAAGAAAUCUAAUAAGGCAGAGGCAAAUACGUGCAGAACACAAAUCUUACUAUGCCAUUAAUACAGUCUAUGUGUAUGGACAAGAAAAAUACUUGCUGCUACAUGAUGUCAGUGACUCUGAAUUUUUAACUGAUGCUGAGACCAUAUGUGAUGCUGUCUGCCUGGUAUAUGAUGUCAGUAACCCUAAGUCCUUUGAGUACUGUGCCAGGAUUUUUAAGCAACACUUCAUGGAUAGCAGAAUACCAUGCUUAGUGGUAGCUGCAAAGUCUGACUUGCAUGAAGUCAGACAGGAAUACAGUAUUUCUCCUGCUGAAUUCUGCAGAAAACACAAAAUGCCUCCACCUCAAGCCUUUACUUGUAAUACUGUUGAUGUGCCCAGUAAGGAUAUCUUUGUUAAACUGACAACUAUGGCAAUGUAUCCCCAUGCCCGGUUACGCUGUAUGUGCGCCUGCAACAGGUGUACAUUUUGCAUCUGUCAGAACUUCCUCAACUCAGACUUGCUGCAAUCUGUAAAGAACAAACUCUUCACUGCAGUUCUUAACAGGUCCUUAACUUUAUUUACUAGGUGUUCAUUUGUAUUUGUCUGGCUGGCACUUAAUCUCUUCUUAUUACAUUGUUUUACCUCUUUCUAAAAGCAAGGUUUCUGUGUAUCUCAUUCUAACCCUUUUUUUUAAUUACCAGCUUGGAUUUUUGGCUUUAUUUUCUCCCCUAACUCCAAAGCAUGGGUUUUAAGUGUGUUUUUCUGAUUUCUUGCUUUAAAUUCAUUCACCUGCUGCCUUUUGCUUUUAUAGUAGUGACACUUUUGUCAACUGAGUUCAUUUCAAAAUAAUUGUUAUGCAUGAGAACUGUGGUGUUCAGUGAGGGAGACUUCUCAGACCAUUUCGUUUUCUUCCUUCUAAAGUUUUUAAAUAACGUGAAAUGUAAGUGAAAUUCUACUUGCAUGUAAAAUAUUGUUGUUGCAGGAAUUGUAAGAAUUUUUUUUUCUAUGAAAACCUCCUGUGAAAUGAAAAGUUAAGGCAGUAGUUUCAUUUUCCUGUUAUAAGGGAAAGUUCUAAGGAUACAGUCCAGGUUUUAUUUUUCACCAUGUGCUAUUCAGUCAGAUGGCAGAAAUCUAUCCCUUGACUUGGGUGUCCCUAGUAUUUUAGGAGAGUAUAACAACAUUCUUCUCACCUGUAUUCCUCCUUCUCUAAAAUGCGUAGUGCUGCAUACUGAGUGGAGUUUUGCAGAGCUACAUCCUCUGACUUCUUUCCAAAUAGAUUAUAUUGAACUGGCAUUUAAAAUUCUUUUUAGGUUUUGUAGAUAAUAACAUGUACUUGGCGCUUUUCACAUUUUAGAUAACUUAUGCAUGGGGAAAAAUUCUAACUACUGGAGUGGUUUGCAUCCUAGGAAAAUGUGCCUGAAGGAAGCUGUAGCAGCUUGCACAUGUUAUGUUUUUGGAAUUUAGUUGCUCGUAUUUUAUUGUUAGAACCUAUCAUCUGUCAGAGCAGCCUGCUGCUUGCUGACUGCAUUAACUUGCCUAUAAUUUUGGCAUGAGUAACUGCGUGACUAGUGUGGCCUCAGCACUGUGCUUUUAAAAUGUGUUUGUAGUUCAUAUGGGAAUGUUUUUCAAUUUUAAUAGAUAAGGUUAAACCUCCCCAGACUUGGGAUUUUUCUUCUACUGACAUGGGGAAAAGUGUCAGUAUUGGUCCAUAACUUGGUGGUUUUCUGUGUGUAACCAUGACAGGCAUGCUCAGUUAACUUCUUGAUAAGUACAUGUGGCAAACUUCUUGUGAGUUGUUAAAGCCUCUUAAAGACUGUACAGAUCUCAAAGGUACUGUUCAACAAGUGACAAGUUACUUAGCUCACUGUUAAGGGCAGGUUGAAUCUGCCUUCUUUUUUUCCAAAGUAUGCAUUAAAAUCUGAAUUUUAUGCCAAAGGCAGAAUUCCUAGGCACCUUAUAUACGUAGAACUAAUUAAGUGAUUAAAUAUGCACAGCAAUCUAUUUUAGAAGUUUAAAAGCCAAUAAGAAUUUCAAAUACAGCAUCAUUUAUGGAGUCCUAACUACUAGUGUGUGUGUAUGUAUGUGCACACAUCCAGAUAGAAAUUUUCCACUGGAGAGAAUAAUUUUUCUAGUUUAGAGUUAGUGAAAGUUUCAGGUGCUCUCUUACUAUCAGGCCAGUAAUAUUUCUACCACUGGUGAAAAUUAGUUUCAUAAACAUAACUACACUGAAAUAAAGUUGAAUGUUAUUUAUUGAAGAGGUAGAAUUUUUGUGAUGUAUUGAGCGAAGUUUAUAUAUUAUAGCUACUUUCAAAUCAAAAAACCUGUGCCAGAAACAAACACUUGAGAUUUUUUUUCUUAAUGGCAGCUGAACAAUAUUAGGUAGGGAUCAAAGUUGCAAAAAUGGAAUUUAGGACAGUGUAAGGAGCACAGAAGAAAGAAGUAGUAGAUUUUCUUCCAAGGGUGUAAAGCAAUUAGACAUCCAUAAUGUUCUGAAUUUCAGUGAGUAUUUUUGGGCUUUGGAUAUUUGGACUGAGAUCUUCAGAAGGCACUAACUGUGUUAAUUUCUUUGAGGCUAUAAAACAAAUCCCUGCCUCGGUUUAGUUUCUUCGUUUCAAUGAAGGAACCUGUAACUGUUAGGCUUAGAAAAGGGAUCAGAGUCAAUUUACUCUCCCUUUAGACAUUAAAAGAGGAUUUUAUCAUGACUGAGGAUAUAUUGUUUUUAAAAGGAUGAAGCAAGUUUCUUGAAUACCACUGAAUAUGGACAUGUGCAAAAGUCAAAACAAGGCAAAUUAUAGAUAGGAAUCAGAAAAUGUAGAUGAGAGUAUGCUUCACAGGGCAAUGUAAAAGCACUCAUUUGCAAUUUAAACAAUGGUUUACACUUUUAAAGGGAUGCUUAUUUAAAUUAUACAAAUAGUUGGGCAUUAGAAUUAACCAAAUUAAUCUUGAGAGUUAAUUACACAAAUAUUCACCCAAUGGAGCUUGUCAUAUAACUUAUUAACAUAAUGUCACGUACAAGUGAUUUAUUUUACAUACAAAGAUAAGUCUUAUAAAUCACAGAUUUUAAGACAAGUGUUUUAUAGUCUUUUAC